UGUACCUUAAAAUAACAACCUCAACACUCAUCUAACGGCCUGUCUUCUCUCUUUCUCUCUUUUUCUAAUUUUGAUUUUUUUUAAAAAAAUGUGAUUUGUAUGGUCAAAUAGACAGGCCCAAUAGCUGCUGCUGCUUCUUCUUCUUCUUCCAAAUAUAAAAUCACGCGCUCUCUCUUUUCCUUCCUCUCUCGUUUCGUCCAUGGCGAUCUGACAAAAUGUCUCUCCACUGUCUCUACAAAAGCUAGGGCUUCUUUCUUCUUUCGUUAUAUAUAUAUACACAUAUUCACAAACACGAACGGAGGACUAACUUAGUCUGGGAGAUUGAGCGGCCGGAGCAGACACAAUGUCUGCCAUGGAUCCUAUUGAUUCGUUACUGUUCUACCUCUCCGGAGCAUUUUGUAGUCCUCUUGCUGUUUUCGUCCAGAUCCAGGGGUGUUUAAUCUGCUUAAUUCUUGCUCUAGGAUGGGCUUGUGCUGCUUAUGUCAGGAAUAGAGAGAUCAAGCGAUUGAAGGAUAGUAUGCAAGCUGGGAAUAGCUUUGCAUUUCUUUGUCACGAUAUUAAUGAACUUGACCACUUUAGUCAGAUCAAGCUACCUAGUGUGACAGUUGUUAUGCCUUUGAAGGGGUUUGGGGAACACAAUUUACAUAACUGGAGAAGUCAGAUUACGUCUCUCUAUGGUGGUCCUCUGGAAUUUCUUUUCAUUGUGGAAAGUACAGACGACCCUGCUUACCAUGCUGUAUCUCGAUUAAUAGAAGAUUAUAAGGAUGAAGUUGAUGCAAAAAUUGUUGUAGCUGGUCAUUCAACAACCUGUAGUCAGAAAAUUCACAACCAGUUGGUUGGAGUAGAGAGAAUGCAUAAAGACAGCAAGUACGUGUUGUUUUUGGAUGACGAUGUUAGGCUUCAUCCUGGAUCAAUUGGAGCCCUGACUGCUGAGAUGGUAAAAAAUCCUGAGAUAUUCAUUCAAACUGGCUACCCUCUUGAUUUACCUUCAGGAAGUUUAGGAAGUUACUGCAUAUACGAGUAUCAUAUGCCUUGUUCGAUGGGCUUUGCUACUGGCGGGAAGACCUUCUUUUUAUGGGGAGGGUGCAUGAUGAUGCAUGCUGACGACUUUAGACAAGAUCGCUGUGGUGUGGUUUCAGGACUUAGAGAUGGUGGUUAUUCUGACGAUAUGACUCUGGCUGCCAUAGCUGGGGCCCAUAAGAGGCUCAUCACAUCACCUCCAGUUGCUGUUUUCCCUCAUCCCCUUGCUAGUGAUCUUAGUUUUGCAAGGUACUGGAAUUAUUUGAGAAAGCAAACGUUUGUAUUGGAAUCAUACACGUCAAGUGUUAAUUGGAUUAUGAAUCGGGCUCUGUUUACGACCCACUGCUAUCUUUCUUGGGGUUUUGUAAUGCCAUAUAUAAUGUCCACGAUUCACAUCACAGCAGCAUUACGUAUCUACAUUAAAGGUUAUACAUUUGACGAAGCUGGCAUUACCUCUGGCGGGCUGGGGCUGGUAGCUAUUCUAGCUACAUGCACCCUUAUAGAGCUUCUAUCAAUGUGGAACUUGACUAGGAUUGAAGUUCAACUAUGCAACAUAUUAUCUCCCGAGGCACCCCGACUCUCGCUUGCUUCUUACAAUUGGGGCCUUGUCUUCAUUGCUAUGGUGGUGGAUAACUUUUUAUACCCAAUCUCUGCAUUCCGUUCUCAUUUCACCCAGUCAAUCAAUUGGUCCGGUAUACGGUACCACUUAAAAAAUGGGAAGAUAAGCAAGAUUGAAAGAAGCAAAGAUAGUGGUCCAAAAUAUACAGAUUUGGGAGGUAAGCAUUUAUAUGGGAAGAAAGGAGCCGAAACAAAAGUGUCGUUCAUCAGUUCUUUGGCCAGAAGUUUGGCACAAUGGCAUCAGCCAAAGAAGUUCGAUAGCUAGAAAAAUGGCUUUUAGUAGAGCAUUUUGUGAUAAUUUCUGCCCACUUAUGAAGUUCUGGUAUGGGUAGCUAUAUUAGAAGAUAAUUUAUUGGGGUUGGAUUGUUUGGCGCAUUUGGUUCUUGAUUGAUAGAAAUGCUUUAGAAGUCUUUUUUUCCCCCUCCAUUUUUUAAUCCCCUUAAAUCCAUUUCAUUCUUCUGCAUCAACCCCAAUUGUCUGGGCUGAUUUGUAAUUUGCAAUGAUUUCGUUGUGUAAUUUGUAGAAUCAUAUAGUGAAAAAUUCAAUGAAGACAGUGAAAAUGUGCUUCCCUGUA